UGGUCCAUCUCUACAUCUCUACUCCUCACUCAUCUGAGAGAAAGGGGGUUUAGAGAGCUGUUUAGCGUAGGCUAGCUAGUAGGUAGAUUACCUACGGAAGCUAUCGGUACCAACAGCUAGCUGUACCGGUACCGGUACCGACUGUAUCAUUCGAAGGAGCCUCUGAUUUUGAUUGUGUGCCUUGGGCCGCACGGCGGCACCCCGAUGGUGACCGUGGGGACCGCUGCGGUCAAGCUUGAAAAAAGCAAUUCUGUUACCUUCCGGUAGAAAGGUCGCACCACAUACGAUGAUAGCUCAGUGGGCAGCAGUAAUCAAGCCAUGGUUUCCAACUCUGUGUCCCCACCCCAGAUACUGCAAGUUGCUUGGUGAGAAUUGCUUGACAACUUACGACCACAGUCAUUGGGAAUUGCACAGCUGUGCCAUUGAAAACCUCCAGUUGCGCUGCUAGCUAGUACCGCAGGUAGCUAGCUAGCGGUAGCUAGUAGUCAUCCCAAACUCCACUUUCCUUGAAUGGCAUGACGUGGCGUUCGUGCAGAAUUCAGGUAUCCAUGUUUCGUUGUCAUAAAAGUCAAGGCCAGCUCAGGAUCACCGCAGAGGGAGAGCUCUGAAUCUGAUUCAGCCACAUUUAUAUUUUGGUUCAUAGAUGAUCCAUGAAACUGGCUCACCGCAGGGGACGAAGCAUUGACUCAUCAUCCAUCAUGCAUCCCUUGAAUAUGCUGCUGUACAGUAGAAAACGAAGAGUACAUAUACUCCCUUCACAUUUCAACGGUACUCUCUUCCAUCAGUUGAAUUGCGAGGUUCGUCAAAUCGAAUGAUUGAUUCAAUCGAUUCUUCUGCCUCCACACCAAGUAACAUCUCGUCGUCGUCGCAAGCCAUUAUAACCAACACAUCGACCACCACCCAUCUUCCAGUGGACCAUACCGUUUGGACUGGAUUCUGGUCUGACUUUGACCCUCACCAAGGAGGCGAUGGGAAGAUUGUUCGUGCGUUGGGCCGCACUGCGUUGGUCAAUUUAGUGGUGACCGUGACGGGUGGAGGUGGCAUUGCAGGAUAUUUGGCCGGAGGCGCCAUUACGGCCAAUCGAGUGGGCACUGGACUGCACACCCAGAACUCCAAAGAAGUGGUCAAGGGUUUGGCCGUGUUUGGAUCAGCCACUACGGCCAGUGUUGUGGGACAAGUGGUGACGGGAGCAAUCAUGGUGGGUGUUGCGGGAGCCAGUCUACCCGUGGCUGGAGUCGUGGCCUUUGGAGUUGGCUGCACCAGUGGAAUCACAGCAGGAGCACUGAGUGAAUGGGGUGUGGACAGUGCUUGGGUGGAAGACGACCAAAACAAAGAGAACGACAUAGACAAGAAGAGUAUGGAGGACACAGACGAUACCAGCAGUACUACCGCAGAAGAUGAUUCGUCCUUUUUCUCAGGUUCAGAUUUUGGCGACGACAAGGACGAUGAGUAUAAGUGUCAAGGACAAGAGGACUCGCAUAGCAUUGGCUCCAGUAGUAGUUCUGACUCGAGCACCUUUGACAAUGUCUUCUGGUUGUGGAACAGGAAGGUUCCUGUAGGAACCAAACCCCAAGAUGACGUUGGACAUCAACGGCAGCAGGUGCCUCCUCACAUCGUUGAAUGCAACUGCUUACCGGCCAAGCACGAAGAAGGACUCUUUGGGGCCGUGUCCAACAUGUUUAGUGGUCUGGGAAGCUUCUUGGAAGACCGUCACAAGACCUUUCAGAAUAACGUGGUGACAAUCACAGAAGUCGUGACGAACCAACGAGAGAUUGCCAAUUGAAAAGACCAGGAGCAAUCAUGAACGCACGCAGCUGAAAAAACUGUUUCAAGUUGGGAGGUUCCGGCACCGGCACAGUAGACUUUAUAAUGAAACAUCUAAACUGCACGAGUGCACAUCAUGGACACGCAAUAAUGGAGAUAUAUAGCUGCUACUGUGUUACACUACCGCAAGGAUCCGCUUCCAA